UCAGCGCGAUUGGGGGCAACAGAUCCCGCCCCGGCAUGCAUUGCUCGCCGCUUCCUGUAGCCGGGGUCAGGACUCAGGAAGCUGCCAGCAGUAGCCGGAUAACGUGUGUGUGUGUGUGUGAGAGUGAGUGUGACAGUGACAGCCGCUGCCCCGGGUUACCUGAGCUAGGUUAUCAUGCCGCGAAUAGACAAUGACAUCAAGCUGGACUUUAAGGAUGUUUUGCUGAGGCCGAAGAGAAGUACUUUAAAAUCUCGCAGUGAGGUGGAGCUCUCUCGUUCUUUUACAUUCAGGAACUCUGGCCAAAGUUACGAAGGGAUCCCUAUAAUUGCUGCUAAUAUGGACACAGUGGGGACCUUUGAGAUGGCACAAGCCCUGUGCAAGUAUUCUCUUUUCACAGCAGUACAUAAGCAUUAUUCAGCUGAGGAGUGGAAGCAGUUUGCUGCCAGCUAUCCAGAAUGUCUGGAGAAUGUAGCUGUGAGCUCCGGUACGGGGCAGUCUGAUUUCCAGCAUCUGGAGGAGGUCUUAUCUGCAGUCCCUCAAGUUCGCUACAUCUGCCUGGAUGUGGCUAAUGGAUAUUCAGAGCAGUUUGUCCAACAUGUGAAAGAUGUAAGAGCCAGGUUCCCUAAGCACACAAUCAUGGCUGGAAAUGUUGUAACUGGUGAAAUGGUAGAAGAAUUGAUCCUCUCUGGUGCAGAUAUUAUCAAGGUUGGAAUAGGACCAGGUUCUGUUUGUACCACCCGCAAGAAGACAGGCGUCGGCUAUCCGCAGUUAAGUGCUGUCAUUGAGUGUGCGGAUGCAGCACACGGACUGAAUGGUCAUAUUAUAUCAGAUGGGGGUUGCACAUGUCCAGGUGAUGUGGCCAAAGCUUUUGGCGCUGGAGCAGAUUUUGUCAUGCUAGGCGGAAUGUUGUCUGGACAUACACAAUCUGGAGGAGAAACCAUUGAGAAAAAUGGCAAGAAAUAUAAAAUGUUCUAUGGUAUGAGUUCAGAAAUAGCAAUGAAGAAACAUGCAGGAGGUGUAGCGGAGUAUAGGGCAUCUGAGGGAAAAACAGUGGAGGUCCCAUUCCGGGGUGACGUGGAAGACACAAUCAAAGACAUACUUGGAGGAAUUCGUUCUACCUGCACGUAUGUAGGAGCCUCCAAGCUGAAGGAGCUGAGCCGUAGAACAACUUUCAUCAGGGUGACCCAGCAACUCAACCCUGUGUUCAGCAACCCUUGACAACAAUGCCUCCCUUAAGUGAUUUUUAAUUUAAGCAAACUUUACCAAUCCAAUAUGUAUUAAUUUAUUUCUUAGUGCCACCUCUGCAUGCAAUGGCUUACACACUUACACCAUUCCGCUCAGGGUCUACCUCCUGACCUACACUUCCAUAUCCUUCAAGUGAAUGGCAACAUCAGUUUCUUGUAGCAUUCCUGUGCAAGGGCCAGUCUCUACUGCAAAAUAUUAAGGUAGUAUAAAACUGCAUGUAGUCGCUGAAUUAUUUUCAAUAAACGUUUUAAUUAUAAA